AUGCAUCACUUUUUUGCAGAGCUGGAGCCAUCUCUAUCCGUCACUGAGCAAAACCUGGCGGACAUAGUUCGGUAUAUCCUGCGCUCCAACAUAUUUGCUGACGCCGAACUCGAACGGCUACGACGUGAGGCUGUUCCCUCGUCGGAUGAGAAUGCUACGGCUGAGGAUGCGGCGCCACAAAUGGUAGAGCAACCCGCAAAUGUGGAUGCCGCCGUGAAUACCCCAGUUGUGUUUGAUUCAAACGAUGAUGGAACAGUCGCCCAGGAACUGGAAUUAGAGCAUAUGAGGAGUAUAUUGGAAGAGGCGAUUGUGGAAACGCGCAGUACGCCUCUCGAAAAUCGACCGCGACUUCCCCGCAUAGCUCUAAGCAAGCGGAAUCGGGCUGUCGUGAGGGCUCUGAACCCAAUGCUGGUGACCUAUUUGGAAGCCAGCCGGGACCUUUGCGAGACGGACUCAAUUCUUUUUGGCGCCGCGCUGGCAGUCUGCCGUAUCAUAGGCGCCAAGGUUUCCACGGCUGGACGCGCUACUGGCCAUAGUAGCGCUAUCCCAGCAUGGAGAAGAAGAAUUGAGGAACGUAUCGCAAAAGCUAGAGCUCUCAUCGGCAGACUGAUAUGCUUCAGAUCAGGCAACAACAGGCCAAGAAUUGUGCGCACCGUCAGGAUGGCGUUUGCUGGGACAAAUGUCAGUUUGUCCCAGCCGGAUAUAACGCAAAAACUGAUGGAGCGCAUAGAUGAUCUGAAGCAGAGAAUCGCUGCUUGGGGAAAGCGGAUUCGGCGAUAUACCGAGAGGUCGACACGGUUCAACCAGAAUCGUCUCUUCCAGAGUGAUCAGAAGAGGCUCUAUGAAUCAUUGGAGCGACCAAUGGUAAGUGGAACGGGGAAACCGAGGGUUUUGUCUGUGCAAUACAGGAUCAGUAUGUCUCAUAAGCAUUCCCUUCGUGACGAAAACAUUACUUCUGCAUUGCUUGAUGGUGCAGAUGGUGAGGAUGGCUUAGAUUACGAUGACGACAGCCUCACAGACCCAGAUUUUGUACCAAAUUCAGAAAACUUUGAGGAUAUCGUUGUGGACUCCAUAAUAAAAUCUCUAAAAGCCUAUCAUGAAAGUACUUCGAUUGGGUUAGAAAGUGCACCGUCUUGCGAUACCUCCGAUUGA